AUGCCCCCGGUGGUGACGAGUCUUGAGGCCUUCAGCUCGAGCGGGUUGUGGGGCUCGCUGCUGCGCGGCGCCAGCAGGCUGUGGCCGAUCGCCGCCGUCGUGGACGAGGCGUCGCGUCUGAUGUGCCUAGCGGCGCGGGGCGUGGGCGCGCCGGACGGGUGCGCACCUGCGGGGCCGCCGGGCUCGGCGGCGGAGGACAAGGGAGCCGCCAAGGCGCCGGCCGCCUCCAGACGGGUGUGGGACAGCUAUCGCAACUUUUCCACCCAGAGCCCCCUGCCCCCUGACACUGCCUACGGCCAUCCAGCAGAGUUGGGGAUGGACAAGGUGGAGUUGAAUUGGCGGAUUGUCUCCCUUGCAUCCAAGACGCUGCAUGAGAUCCGGGCGCGCCCAGGCGAUGACGUGGCCCUGCUGGACCUCAUGGUGGUGGACUUUCAGGGCCUCCUGCUUGCACACAGACACACAGUGAGUGGGGUAAACGUGGCAACCAUGGUGCACCGGAUGGGGCGGAUCUGUUCCAAGGAGCAUUUGAAACGAAGGGCGAUGGAGGCGCACUCUGGCUUCUUAGGACGUCUGCUUUCGCUGGUGUACUUGAAAAGCACUGAGCUGCGCUCACAGAACAUAAGCAACGUGGUCUGGGGCCUGGGCAAGCUGGGGGCCAGGCUGAGGGGGCUGCCAGAAAUGGCAUCCCUUGACAUGGUGCUGCAGGAGUUGUCCAGCCGCGCGGCAGACCAGAUUAACGACUUCAGGCCACAGAAUCUGUCCAACCUCGUAACUGGGCUGGCUCACCUGGAGGACAGCCACAGCCAGAAGCUCUUGGCAGUGAUCGCCCGUGCCACAAAACCCCAGAUUGAUUCUUUCAAGAACCAAGAGAUCGUGAAUCUGCUGUGGGGGCUGUCCAAGCUGGGCUACCUCGACGUGGAGGGGCUUUUUCCCACUGCCAUCGACAGUGUGCGUGGCAGGCUUGCGACCCUCAAGCCACAGGAGCUGUCCUCAUUCCUGUGGGCACUUGCCGCCAUGGGGCACACAGAGUGUGCAGACGUCGUGACAGAAGUGUUGCAGCAGAUAGUCCCAGAGGACGGGGCCCGACCGUUGGGCCCCCAAGCACUGUCAUGCCUGAUGUGGAGCGCCAGUGCCAUGAAGUUCCGGCCACAGGAUAAGGAAGUCAGGGAGCUGCUGGGCCAGGCCUCCUCCAGCCUAGAGAAUUUCACUCCCCAGAAUGUGUUCAUGUGCCUGUAUGCAGCAGCAGAGUUCCACUGCAAUAUCCCUGCUUUUGCACAAGCUGCAAAGGCAUACUUCAUGAAACAUUGGCGUCGGCUCAGUCCCCAAGACAUCAUGAACUGCAUACACAGUCUGAUGGUGCUGGACGACUUGGAUUUGCGGACGCUGCUGCAGGCAGUGAACUAUGCAGAAAUGUGGCCAGGGCAUCUUAACGAGCGCGACAAACGGCAACUAUAUCAGUGCAUCUUGCAUUUUCGGCUGUUCUACCCAGAAGUCAGUACAGAAAGGCUGAUGUCGCAACGGCUGGAAGAAGAAUGCCGCAUGCUGUGGGAGGGGCGCCAGAAGACAUCGCCCGUGCCCAGGUUCGUGUUGGACGCUCUGGUGGUGCUGGAGCACGCAGGGAAUGUGUGCAGCAGCCGGCAGGUGGUGGCGGGCGUUGUCAACACGUCCACAGUCCAGCUGCCCAACGGGCGGCGCUUCGCAGUCGAGGGCAUAUACAUACCCAGGGGCUUCAAGAACACCGGGGCGCUGAACGGACGGUACUUGUGGAAGGAGAGGGUGCUGGAGCGUUUGGGCUGGCCAGUGGCGCGGCUGCACAUGGAGGCGUGGUCCGAGCUGACCUCCCAGAACGACAAACUGCGCUUUCUUGGGGAAAUAAUGGUGGCCGCAGUGCAGAGGAUGGCAAGGAACGCACGGAACUUGGGGCGGGGGGCGGGCUCUGGGGAGAGGGGACAUGGGCGAACGAAUUCGUAG